GGAGGAGGCGGAGGAGGAGGAGGAGGAUGGAGAGGAGGGCGAGGGCGAGGGCGACCAGGGCGAGGUGGAUGACGCGGCCGCGCCGGGGGAGCUGUCGGCGGAUCCGGGCGCAGGCGGCCAGAGGGCCGCCGAGGCCGAGGCUGGGGCGGGGGGGCUGCCCGCAGAGCUGGACGUGGCUCGCGGCAUGGCCGCCGAGGCAAGCCUUGGGCAGCCCGGCGGGCCGAUGGUCGCCGCGACGGAGGGCGAGGCGCCCGCGGACGAGUACGAGGAGGGCGGGUUCGAGGCCGAGGAGGCCGAGGAGCCGGCGGACGAGUACGAGGAGGACGGGUUCGAGGCCGAGGAGGCCGAGGAGCCCGAGGGCGAGCACGAGGGGCACGGGCCCGAGGACGAGGGCGGGGAGGCCGAGGAGGAGGAGGAGGAGGAGGACGACGAUGAGGACGCUGGCGUCGCUGAGGACGAUGAGGAGGAGGA